AUGGAACUAUUUUUACCAAUAAAGGUGACAAAAGGAGACAAGUUGCCGCAGAAAGUAUGUGACCGAUGCAGCUUCAUACUUAACGAUAUCUAUCAAUUUUGUAACAUAGCAAUUGAAACACAAGUCAGAUUACGCAGUAUGCUACUACAUGUUGGUAUAAAUUUAAGUGACUCAAUUGAUCUCAGUAUACCUAAACGCGAAGAACAACUUCCGAAAAUAUCAUCCUUAACUAGAACUGAACAGGGCACGCAGACGGAUGAUAUCAGUUGUAAAGAAAUUGGCUCAGAACAAGUAAAAGAGGAACCAAAAUCACCUCUACCAACUUCACCUUUUCCAAUAAAAAGAGAAUCCUCAGUUGAAUCUGACCAUUAUGAUCCCAGUAGUGUUUUCUCAGACAGUAGUGAAGAUAUGUCUCUUAUUGCAUUAAAAAGAAAGAAGAGAGGCCGGAAACAAAAAAUAAACUUAGAGCAUAAAGUUGAUGAAAAGGAUUGUCAAGAAGGAGAUAGAGGUAAAUCAAAUAAUAGUACUCCAAUGACAAGACGACGGAAAAAAGUAAACAAUCACAAUGUAACAGUACAUGAAAAGUUACCCAAUGACAUAGCAGUUGAUUUGAUUAGAAAGUCAAAAGAUUCUUUGAAGAAUAAGAUAAAGAGCGAAUCGGUUCUGAAUAAAUGUGAUAAUGAUACAUCACAGUCGUCUGUGGUAGUAAAAAAAGAGCCAACAGUCGAGGACACUUAUCAAUGCUGCAUUUGUUUUGCAAAGUGUUAUUCACGUAGUGAUAUAUUACAGCAUUACAGGUGA